AUGGGCACUGGAAUAGUUUCUGUUCUCCUUCACAACCUGCCUUACAACGCACCAUGGAUCUCGCACGGCCUCGCUGUUGCCUUCUUCGUUCUCAACAUUAUUCUUUUUACCGUCUUCACCAUAAUCACGGCGUUGCGGUACGCGCUAUAUCCUGAGAUUUGGAAAGCCAUGGUCAUACACCCUGCUCAGUCCAUGUUCCUAGGCUGCUUCCCAAUGGGGUUUGCAACCAUCAUCAACAUGAUGAUAUUCGUAUGUGCACCUGCCUGGGGCCAGUGGGUGGUGUGUUGGGCAUGGGCAUUUUGGUGGCUCGAUGCCGCUCUGUCAUUGGCAACUUGCAUCUCGGUGCCCUUUGUCAUGAUUCAUCAACACCGCCCGGGACUUCAGGCAGUCACAGCUGCAAGUCUUCUCCCAAUCGUCCCCGUCGUAGUUGCGUCUUCGACCGGCGGCAUCGUCGCCGACGCUCUCUCGAACCCAGAUCACGCAUUCACCACCCUGAUUGCAUCCUACGUGCUCUGGGGUAUCGGGAUCUGCUUCUCGGGUAUGGUCCUUGCGCUGUACUUCCACCGCCUGACUAUACACAGCCUCCCGCCAAAGGAGGCCAUCGUCUCUGUGUUCCUUCCCAUCGGGCCUUUGGGCCAGGGCGGCUUCGGAAUCCAGCAGCUUGGAAAGGUUUCCCUCAAGCUUUUCCCUCAGGCGGCAGGUUUGAGAACGGCCGCUCCGGAGGCGAUACACGGCGGAGAGAUUCUCUACUUUGUUGGCCUCUUCCUGGCGCUCAUCAUGUGGGGCUUCGCUCUCGUUUGGCUGUCGUUUGCUCUCAUCAGUCUUGCUACAAUGCAGAAGAUCCCUUUCAAUAUGGGCUGGUGGGGUUUCACGUUCCCGCUUGGUGUGUUGGCGACUUGUACCGGCAUGCUGGCCCAGGACCUGGACAGCCCCUUUUUUAGAGUCAUGACCAUGGUCUUCUCGCUCUCUGUAUGCUUCCUCUGGUUGCUUGUCGCGCUAAGAACAGUUCAUCAGGCCAUUUCUGGGGAAAUAUUCUUUGCACCGUGCCUGAAGGACAUACGAGACAAGCAAGCGCAAGCAGGAUCGGAUCGGAGAGUCUAA